UUUGACAAUUCGCAAAACUCCAUAUUGUCAUUAGUGUCCAAUUUUAUCCUAAAUUUUAACGCAAAAAAUUAUCAAAGCCGAUAAAAUCUUUAAAAAGAACCUCGAAUUUACCUUAAAAAAAAGUAACUAGGAACCAAAAAGUCACCAAACCCACCAAAAAAGGCGUUUAAAAUCAAAUUAAAAAAAAAGUGAGGUUAUGUUAUUGUUUAUCCUAAAAAUCCAAAUAUAUUUAUGUUGAUAUAAUCGUAAGAAAAGUGUUUUUGGUUAUUUUCUCAAUCUGGAAACUCAGGAAAUAGUUUAUUAUGGUUAAAAUCGAUGGUGGAUCGAUGUUGCUAUGGCCGAGGAUCAAUCUCGACCCCCGCAAAAACCCUACGAUUAUUUAUUAAAAUUUUUAUUAGUUGGUGAUAGCGAUGUUGGGAAACAAGAAAUCCUUUCCGAAUUAGAUGAUGGUUCAUCUGAGUCACCUUUUUGCAACGGAACUGCUUAUAAAACGACAACGAUUCUAUUAGAUGGAAAACGGGUCAAACUUCAAUUAUGGGAUACAUCCGGUCAAGGUCGUUUUUGCACAAUAAUUCGAUCGUAUUCGCGAGGAGCUCAAGGAGUCCUUUUAGUUUACGAUAUCACAAAUCGUUGGUCAUUCGAUGGAUUAGAUCGAUGGCUUAAAGAAGUUGAAGAACACGCGCCUGGAGUGCCAAAGGUUCUUAUUGGAAAUCGACUUCAUUUGGAAUUUAAUCGUAAAGUUACUGAAAGAGACGCGCGCCAAUACGCCGUUAAGCAUAAAAUGGCGUUUUUCGAAGUUUCUCCUCUAUGUAACUUUAAUAUCAUUGAAAGUUUCACUGAAUUAUCCCGAAUGACUCUACAACGUAAUGGUAUGGAACGGUUAUGGCGCUCAAAUAAAGUGCUGUCGUUACAAGAAUUAUGUUGUCGUUCGAUUGUAACACGAACGACUGUUUAUGGUAUUGAACAAUUACCUUUACCGUCCAGUGUAAAAUCUCAUUUAAAAUCGUACGCGUUAACGACGUAUUCAUCGCAACAAUUAAAGUAUUCGCACAGUCAGCGCAAAUUUGGGGGUAAAAAGCGGUAUUUAAGUACUCCGACGUCGCCGGGAGGUGAAAAUCCAAGCUGUGUACCAAGAAAUUCGUGUGUUUUAUCAUGAUUUAAGAUUUUCUAGUCGGCAACGUCUUGUUUUUUUAUUAAUUUUAUUUGGUCGAAAUUCCCAAAAAGUUUUGUAAAUAAUUAUUUGAUAAGUAUUUUUCAAUAACUUUGUACAUAACCUAACUAUAGCUUAAUAAAUUCAUUAAAAAUACUUAA